GGCGCAAGCCUUUUCAAUCAAGCCUUCACCCUUACACUUCCCUCCCCCCCUCCCCCUUCACAAGCCCUAGCCCCACCACCCCCAGAUUUAUUUUAAGCUUGUUAAUUCUCCUUUCUUAUUCAAAUUUUCUUUAAAAACGCGCUUAUUUCUUUUUAAUUUUUUAGAGAUUUAUUAAAAUUUGACUUAAAAGUCCAAAAAAAUCCCAACGAAAUGUCCUUCCAACCACCUCCAAAUCAAAAUAACGAUUUAAACCAAGUCCCCUCAUGGGAUGAAUUUAAUAUGAUGGCACAUGAAGAUGAGGAGGCUAAUUUAAAUAAUGAGGGAGGAGGGUUGUUGUUGGAUGGACCUGUAGAUGAGGAAAAUGAAGUUGGGGAUGAUGAAAUUGUUGAGCCUGGACAGCCUGAAGAAUAUGGGCCGUCUCUUCCUCCAGGUUUUGGAGCAGACGAUUUAAACGACGGACAACAACCUCAUUUUGCUGAACACGAAAUUAUAAACAACGAUUUUUCCGCUCCUUUUGGUGCUCAUGAUUUGGAUUUGGAUGACCCUGAAGACCCGCUUCAAUGCAGCACAAGUUCUUCAAGUAAUCAACCAAGAAAUGUGAAUUCGAGAAUGAUUGGACCGUCAAUUCCGUCUUCGUCUUCUAUGCUUCCUAGAAUUCCGAUAAAUAAUAGAGGUGAUGAACAUUUUCUUCCAUCAAUUGGCACCAACCACAAUUCUUCUGUUGAUUUUAUUCCUCUGUGUGAUCAACCGAGUAGCAGUAAUGCUUUAAACAAUAAUAUAGUUAUUGGACCAACACUUCCACCAGAUUUGAAUUUGCCGAGUAAUGGAGGUGGGGGACAGCAAGGAGGUGGUGGAGGAUUUCCAAAUAUUAAUGAUUUUGAAGAUAUUGGAGGUCCAUCAUUACCACCAGACGAACCACAAAUUUGUAAUAAUUCCCAACAACAACCAAAUUCUCGUAAUUUUCGUAAAAAAUUGAAUAGUUUUGGGCCAACAUUGCCUUCAAGUAGUGAUGAAGAAGAAGACGAUGAGGAAAUAAAUGAGGGGAAUUUGGCACAAAUUGAAUUAAAUAAUGAAGAAGGAGGAGGAAGGGAUUUUGAAAUUGAAGGGGAAAGAGAAGCUGGAAAUAGAGGGGAGGAAGACUCUUUUGUUAUUGGCCCAAUCCCUCCAGUUCCUGGACGCUCUGAAGAAGAAGAACAAUUUGAAUAUUUGGCACGCUUGGCUGAAUUUGAGGCGAAUAAAAAGGCUUCAAAUGGUUUAAAACGUGAAGAAUGGAUGACAGAAUUACCUCAAAAAAUGCUCAAAACAGGUGCUUAUGGGCUUUCCUCAAAAACCUCAUUUUCGCGUUCAUCUGCUGGUCCUUCUAAUAAUGAUAAUUCUGGUUGGACAAGUAUUCCAAAUGGUGGUGGACAAUUAAAGAAUACCAAAACCAAUAAUGUUGACAAUUUUGAUUAUGAUGGCCCUUCAACUUCCUCCUCUUCAGCUUCAUCUUCCACUAUUCCCAAACCACCAAAUAAACGAAGUGAACAGGAUGAAUGGAAUGAGAAACGUGCUGCUGAAUUAAAUAAAGAACGAAACGAAUCACUUUUGGAUAUCCACCAGAAAAAACGAAAAUUGGAAACGUCGAAUAAUAAUAAAAAUGGAAAUGGUGAAAGUUCUGGAACUAAGUUGUUGUACACAAAUAAUGCUGAAAGGAGGCCAUUUAAUCGAGAUACUGAUAUUGAGAUUCGUGGACUUGGAAGUAAUAAGAAAACAUCUUCCUCUUCUACAGACCCAGCAUCAUUAAAGGAACGUGUAGGUGAUUUGUCCAAUCGUUUUGGAAAUAAUUCUGAUAAGAAAUUUUUGUAG